UCCUCCUCCACAUAGCUCCGGCAUUGUAACGAGGAGCAGUAGCCCAAAGCCAGGUACCGUAUGUCUCUACUAUCAGGAUAGGAUGCUUUAGCUUUCGCCAUAGAACCUGCUGACUCUUUCGUUGGCCUUCAAAGGUCAGAGUGAUGCUCCUGGCGGCUCUGCUGUGAUCUCUGCUGCUGCGGUUUCCACAGAAACAAAACAACGGUGGGCAGAAAGCGGUUCAGUCCCAGAAAGAUGACGUCGUCGUCGCCCACUCACAGUGACAGCAGCGGCUCGUCUAAACAUGACAGUAACCAGGACAGCUGGGAGAUCGUGGAGGGGCUCCGUGGGGUUCCUGCCAGCAUGCAGGAGCCCGACAGACAGGAGGGCUUCCUGCUCAAGAGGAGGAAGUGGCCCAUGAAGGGGUGGCAUAAGAGAUACUUUGUGUUGGAGAAAGGCAUCUUGAAGUAUGCGAAGCGCGGACCUGAUAUGAAGAAGGGAAAGCUUCACGGCUGCAUCGACGUCGGCCUCUCGGUCAUGUCGAUCAAAAAGAAAGCCAUGUGCAUCGACCUGGACACGGAGAAUAACAUCUAUCACUUAAAGGUGAAGUCUCCCGAGCUUUUUGAGGAGUGGGUGUCAAAGAUGCGUCAUCACCGGGUAUUUCGGCAGAACGAGAUUGCCAUGUACCCCCAUGAGAGGCACCUCUUCAACCCCCACGCCUCCUCCUCCCCCUCUCUCAGUGAUUCCCUCAGAAAAAGGGCUACUCUGACUAAGCAGGCGUCGGUCCACCAGGCUAAGGUCAGUUCUUGGCUCCACUCCUCAGAAGACAUGAACAAAUGCUCCAAAGACUUGGAGGAAUGUGAAUCAUACAUGCUGGAGCUCAAUCUGCUGCUGAAGAGCAUGGAGGUCCUCCACCGCACUUACUCCGCCCCCGCCAUUAGUGCACUACAAGCGUCUAAUUAUGACAUGCCCAAAAAAGAGAAGAGGCCAAGGAGAUGGCGAUCCAAAAACAAUGGCAAAGAACCCAAAGCCACACUACAGGUCCCAAGCUGCAUCUCCUCCCAAUCCCCUCGUCUCCACGCCUCCAAUCCCAAUCUCUCCACCACGGAGGCAAACGCACCGGAGAUCUGUCCCGAAUCCCCGGACUCGCCUACAGAUGGGUCCCGCCUUCAGGAGGACUUCUGCAGGCUGGCCAACAACAUCCACACCACACUGAAAUCGGCCUUUGGUUCCCUGGUAGCGGAGAGAGACAGACUGAAGCACACCAUCGACCUGCAGGCCCCACAGCCGGCGCAGGUCAUCGGCCUGAAGACCAGCUUUGCCUCAGUGAGUGUGUUUUUCACAGUUACACCCCAAAUGGCCAACACCAAUCACUACAGGUACAGCUUCACUCAACAUACUUCUUAUUUUCACCAGGAUUGUCCAGGAGGCUCCCACUCCUUAGUCCACCAGGUGUCCAAUGAGAGCAGAGGGUCUAUCCCAGAGUCCAUAUCGGAGUUCUUCGAUGCUCAGGAGUACCUCCUCUCCUCUUCCUCCUCUGAGAAUGAGGUGUCCGACGAUGACUCGUACAUCAGUGAUAUCAGUGACAGCGUCUCCAUGGAUACCUACAGCAACGAGGGAGGCAGUGAGAGACACAACUCUGUUAGCAGCGUGGUGACCCUGGCUCGCCGUCGCUCCGCGCUGCCGUCUACCAGCCCCACCAGCACCGUGAGCCUGUGGAACAUCCUGAAGAACAACAUCGGGAAGGACCUCUCCAAAGUGGCCAUGCCAGUGCAGCUCAACGAGCCGCUCAACACCCUGCAGAGGCUGUGUGAGGAGCUGGAGUACAGCGAGCUGCUGGACACCGCCAACCAGACCCAGGACCCCUUCCAGCGCAUGGUGUAUAUCGCAACAUUUGCAAUAUCUGCAUAUGCCUCCACCUACCAUCGAGCAGGAAGUAAACCCUUCAACCCCCUCCUGGGAGAGACGUACGAGUGUGACAGACCUGAUAAAAACUACAGGUUUAUAGCUGAGCAGGUGAGUCAUCACCCGCCUGUGUCAGCAUGUCACUCUGAUUCAAGGAACUUCACCUUUUGGCAAGAUGUUCGAUGGAAAAAUAAAUUCUGGGGCAAAUCCAUGGAAAUUGUUCCCAUGGGGACCACACAUGUCACACUACCUGCGUUUGGGGACCACUAUGAAUGGAACAAAGUCACGUCCUGCAUCCAUAACAUCCUGAGCGGCCAGCGCUGGAUCGAACAUUACGGAGAGAUGUCCAUCAAAAAUAUCAACAGUGACGCCUGUCAGUGUAAAGUCACAUUCGUCAAGGCAAGAUCUUGGAGCUCCACAGUUAACGAGAUAGAAGGCGUGAUUACGGAUUCAAAUGGAAAAGUAGUUCACUCCAUCUUUGGAAAAUGGCACGAGUCAGUUUUUCAAGGAGACCCGCCUUCUGCCACGUGUAUCUGGAGAUCAAACCCCAUGCCAGUAGAGCAGGACCAGUACUACGGCUUCACCCAGUUUGCAGUGGAGUUAAAUGAGCUGGACUCCAACCUGAGACCCCUGCUGCCCUCCACAGACACACGCUUCAGGCCGGACCAGAGGUUGGCAUCUUUUUCCAUCUGCAGUGUUUAUACUAUGAUUUACUCAGUUAUGGAAAGUAACUAAACACAUUUACUCAAGAGCUGCUCUUAAGUACACAUAUACUCAAGUGCUCAAGCACACAUUUCUCAUGAAGCUAAAAACUUUGGAAAACCCAAGGUGUAAAUGAUAAAAGGCCGGCUGACUGUCACGCUGUCAAGGCGUACCAGGAACAGAGCUUUUUAGAGUGUUUCCACUGAAGGGACUUUCCCAAGAUGAUGAGAACCUUUUCCAGGAAAUAAACCUGGAGCUGAAUUUAGUUUCUUUAGGAUCAAUUACAUUAAACAUCAAAGUGUGACCGUAAACAGCAGGGUUACUAAUAUGUUGUUGUUUUUACAUGUGAAAACAUUUGAGCUUCAACGUACGAAAACACAUGAGUUCCUCUGGUUCCAUAGUUCCAGAAACGUUUUGGGCAGAAAAGUGCUAUUGUUAAUAUUCUCAGUAACACCUGUUUGCUUUUCUUCCUAUGAAGAGUUAAACUGUCUGGUACAGAAACGUUACGGCCUUUUUCACCUUCAAGUGUUAAGUGAGGACAUGUAGUAACUAUAUUGACAUAGGAACUGAAAGUCGACUGCAAAAAAUACUAACCUAACCAGAGUCGCAAACAAAAUGUUUCUGUUUGCUAUCCGACUGCACAAUGGCCACACAAGAAACGUAACAAAAUGUCUCGGUUCUUAAACAAGUUUGGCUUAAUGGAAGCUAAGGUGUUUUAAGGUUUCUGUCUUGAGUGUAUCUUGCUGCACAAUUUGGAAAACAUAACUAAAUGUGAUUAUUUGAUUUUGGUGGGCAUGACGUGCAUAAAAUAAAUGAUGAUAUUCUGUACCAAACAGAUAUUAUUUCUUCAGUCUGUAGAGCAGGGGUGCCCAACC